GGUAUGCGCAAUGAAGUUGCGUUCCGCCAUGAUAGAAAAGAAGAAGAAGAAGGUGUUUUGCUCCUACACGGACUGCUUUUCUGAAACACCACAAACCGGAAGUGAGUGCGUGACAACGACUGACAGAAAUUUUGGAUCCCGAUUGAGAAAGCCCAGCAUGUUCUACUGCAGCAGCGGCGGUUCUGAUCCGCUCGAUGUGUCUAAAAGCGAACUGUUGAGAGGAAUCAUCACCGAGAAGCUGAGCACCGCGGCCCGGGAGAUCAUAGCGGUGGUGGGAAGGACCGUAGCCGACUAUGAGAAGGAGGCUUCGGGCUUGAGGCAGCAGAUCGCCCGCCAGAAGAGGCAGCUGGAGAGGCUGCAUCCGCAGGUCACCACGUUUGGAAGAGGUCUCCAGAGCCAUGAGGAGGUGGAUGAUGUGGAGGAGCAGGAGGUCACAGGUAUGGAGGCAGCAGAGAGCCCCAGUCUGCCUGGGAACCAGUCUGAGGAGGAGGAUCCUGCAACAAUCUUUGAGCUGGUUGAAGAAGAAGAGGAGGACCCAGAUUAUCCUUCAUCAUCAAGGUCAGCUCAGUCUGGGAAGAAAAGACGGCGCUCAUCUUUAAAUAUUGACUCCAAGAAGCCUCUAAAUCUCCGGAUCCGGAUCCUGGAGGACUCUGAGACCGAGGUGCUCUCAAAUAACGUGUUUAAGAAGUGUCCGAUCUGGGACCUGCAGUGCCCUCAUGGUCUGGAGGAGGCGGCCUUUCUGGACCUGCUCAGGUCCACUUUCCCUCAGCUCUCUGCAGGGAAACCUUUUGAUACCUUAAUAACAGAUAGAGGAAGGAAGCUGCAGCCUCUGAGAGUAAAGACUCUGACUCCAGAGGAGAUCUACAGAGCCAUCAAAUCCAUCGGGAACUCAGCUCUCUACAUCCGCCUCAAGGAGAAAGAGGUAAUAACGCCUGAAGAGGAAGAGCAUCUGGUCUCUGACUCUCUACCUGCUGACCCUGUGAUGGUGGAGAAAGAUCAACCUGUGGCCCAGAAGAGCAUUGGUCAAAGUGCACCAGGAGGCAAGGGGAACAUUUUCUCAAGCGCAACAUCCCAACAACAGGACUUCCAAACAGAGGAGGAAGGAGCUGAGAGCAGCGUGGACUUCAGCGGAGAUGAAGAUAGGGGUUCAGAAGGCAACGAGGACUCAGACCCAGAUUAUAAACCGCACAAGCAAACAAGAAAAGAGAAAGCCAGCUGUGACAAGAGUGGUAUUCAAACUGUGGAACGUACCAAAGGGGAAUCUGAGGACAACACAGAAUGCAGAAGUGACAACGAUCCGGCUUUGGAAAAAGAUGACAACUUGAACCUGGAUCCUGACCUGCAGACAUCUUUAAAAAUAAGAAACAAAGGAUGUUGGAAGAGGAGUGAUGGAGUAGAAAAGUCGUGCAAAGUUUGUGGGGUCACCUACAGACAGUUAGGAGGGUUGUUCAAACAUAUCUGGAGCCAUUCCUCUAACCCUCAGAAUGUUUGUGGAGCCUGCGGAGAGAAGUUUGAGUCUGAGGAAAAGUUGAAAGAGCAUUUCCAAAGUUACAAAAAGCCUUACAACUGUCCACAUUGUGGGAAGUCUUUUUUCUCCAAAGAUGGCCUGAAGCAACACAUAACAAAGCACACAGGCGAUAACUUGUUUAAAUGUAAUGUUUGUAAUAAAACCUUUUCACAGAAAGGUUUGCUAAACCAGCACCAAUGGGUACAUGUAGAAAAUAAACCCCACAAGUGUGACCUGUGUCCACAGUCCUUUGGUCUGGAGUCGCAUCUCCGAGCUCACAGGAAACGGCAUGCGAGCAAAGAUGUUUACAAAUGCAAGAUAUGCAGUAAGUCAUUGGGCGACCGCCGAUCUCUGGCCCAGCACACGUUGACCCACUCAGACGAGCGACCCUACUGUUGCCAAACGUGCGGGAAACGCUUUAAAUCUAAUGUUGGACUAAAAGUACACAAGAUGACCCACACAGUGAGAGAUCGGCCUUUCCUCUGCCAUGUGUGCUGCAAGACAUUUCCAACCAAGCAAACCCUUAAGUGCCACAUCAGGACUCAUAGCAGCGAGAAGCUGUUUGUCUGUACAGUGUGCGGUAAAGGCUUCACGUUUAGUGGAAAUCUCAAAAUACACAUGAGGGUCCACACAGGAGAGACGCCCUACAAAUGCAACGAGUGCGGACGCCGCUUUAAAUCCAAGACUCACCUUACCCAGCACAUGAAGACCCAUUCAGGCAUUAAAGAUUUCAUCUGUGGUAUUUGUGGCAAAGGUUCAUCUAAACCGGAACAUCUAAAAAUUCACAUGAGAACCCACACUGGAGAGAGACCCUACAAGUGCUCUCUUUGUGACAAAGACUUCACCCAGAGCCACUGCCUGAAAACACACAUGAAGACUCACCAGACUGAAGAGUCGCCCUCGCUCCCUCCUGGUUCUGAAGAUGGUUCAAAAAGUCUGAAAUGAAGGACGGACCUUAUUUUGAUUUACAUUCCUACUUUAGUUCAGUGUUUGUAUUCCAUCUUUUUGAAAUUCUGAGUUAAAUUUGGAUGUUGUAGAAGCAAAAAGGAAUAAACUCCUUAACCAAAAGGUCUGAU